AUGGAAGAUGCGUUCGUCAUCGAUCCAACCCUCGCAUGGUCCGUGAUUGAGCGCACAUCGAUGGGGGAGCCAGUGAGAAUUGUUUUGCCACAGUCCGUUGCAACCGUAUCCAUCAUGUCCUUGAGAGUCUUAAACUUUGAAUUCGGAAAGGACUUGGUGAACAUGGCAGUAUUUGCCUCGGGACUGUCGUUCCACUUCAAACCUGCAAACGCUGGGUCGCACGUCUCAGUCAUAAGACCAUUAUAUGAUGUGUCGGUGCCGCUUGUAAACUUGGCAGCAGGUUGA